GCCGGCGGGGUCUCUAUGGCGGCAGCCGGGAUCCCGCGCGGAGGAGGGGCCCGGCCCGGGCGCGGGGGCGCGAUCUGGGGCGACGGGGCCGGGGCCCGAGGUGACAGCUCCGGGCCCCGCGCGGAGGCCCCCGGCUCCCGCGCCGCGUCCCUGCGGGAUGGACGAGGAGAGCCUGCAGAGCGCGCUGCGCACCUACGACGGCCAGCUGCGGCAGGUGGAGCUGGCGCUGGGGGCCGGCCUGGACGCCGCCGAGCUGGCCGACCUGCGCCGGCUGCAGGGGGACCUGAAGGAGCUCAUCGAGCUUACCGAGGCCAGCCUGGUGUCCGUGCGGAAGAGCAAGCUGCUGGCCGCCCUGGACGGACCGCGCGCGGCCCCGGACGAUGCCGAGUACCUGGCCUUCCAGAAGGCCGUGGCGGAGGGCGUGGAGGGGCCUGCGGCGCCCGGGGUGGAGCCGGAGACCGACCCAGAGCGGGAGGCGCAGCCGGAAGCCCGCGGGUGCGGGCAGGAGCAGGACGAGGGCGAGGACGACGACGAGGGGGAGUGGAGCGGGAGGAAGGUGAACGCCCCGUUCUACAGCCCCUGGGGCACGCUGGAGUAUCACAACGCCAUGAUCGUGGGCGCGGAGGCGGCGGGCGACGGCCCCCCGGCGGUCCGCGUGCUCUACCUCUACCCCACGCACAAGUCGCUGAAGCCCUGCCCCUUCUUCCUGGAGGGAAAGUGCCGCUUCCAGGAGCACUGCAGGUUAAGGACUAUAAUAAAUUUUCAGACUUCUGUAUCACUGAAGAUUCCUGCAGAGAAAUUUUAAUUGAUGACGUCUGUGGGUUCUCCCACGGGCAGGUGGUCUCUGUGGAUGAGCUGCGCCCCUUCCAGGACCCGGACUUGAGCUCCCUACAGGCCGGCUCUGCAUGUCUGGCCAAGCAGCAGGACGGCCUCUGGUACCCAGCUCGGAUAACCGAUGUGGAUAAUGGCUACUACACAGUCAAGUUUGACUCCCUGCUGCUGAAGGAGGCCGUGGUGGAGGGAGACAGCAUCCUGCCCCCACUGCGCACGGAUCCCACAGGGUCCUCUGACUCUGACAGUGGCGACGCGGAUGACUCCAGCUAUGCCAGAGUGGUGGAACCCGGCGCUGCUGACCACGGGACCUGCAGCUCUGCUUUUGGUGGCUGGGAGGUGCACACACGGGGCAUUGGCUCCAGACUUCUUGCCAAGAUGGGCUACGAGUUUGGCAAGGGUCUGGGCCGACACGCGGAGGGCCGGGUGGAGCCCAUCCAUGCCGUGGUGCUCCCUCGAGGGAAGUCGCUGGACCAGUGCAUAGAGACCCUGCAGAAGAGGACCAGGAGCGGCAGGGCCGGCACCCCGAGGCUCCCGAAAUGCCAGGAGAGGGGGCACACACGCCCUCCCCCUCGCAGUGUGUUUGACUUUCUGAACGAGACGCUGCAGUGCCGGGCCCCUGGGGCCCUGGAGGCCGGGGCAGCCCCCCCCGGGAGGAGGAGCAAUAAGGAGAUGUACCACGCCGGCAAGAGUGCCAAGCGCGCCCUGAGUCUGCGGCUCUUCCAGACUGAGAAGAAGAUCGAGCAAACCCAGCGGGACAUCCAGGGCAUCCAGAAGGCCCUUGCCCGAAACACCGGCCGGCACAGUGUGACGGCAGCCCAGCUGCAGGAGAGGCUGGCAGGAGCCCAGCGGGAGCUGGGGCAGCUCCGGGCCCAGGAGGCAGGCCUGCAGCGCGAGCAGAGGAAAGCAGACACCCACAAGAAGAUGACUGAGUUCUAGAGCCCCCGUACAUGCAGUGGACAGAGCUCAGGGCCCCCAGCCCCUGGCUGCCCUCUGGAAGACUCGUUGUUACCCAACAACUAGACACCACCGGAAGAGGGCCCGGCCUGCUCCCACUCCGGCCCCCGCACCCAGCCUUCUUGCUGGCCACUGCUGAACGGAGAUGGGGCUGCAGGGGCCACUUCUGGACGCUUCCUUGCCCGUUGAGCCCACCUGCCAGUGUCUUAGGGGGUUUCCUUAGCAAGGACAUUAAAGUGAUUGUGUUCUGGUGUCUUUCA